AUGACGAUCCAGAGGUAUCUUGCUGAGCUACAGGUCGCACGGGAAACUAUUGCGAAUAUUAGUCAACAGAAUCCAGCGCAUAAUAGGGCAUACCUGCAAACGCAGUGGGAACGUCAGCGCGAGUUACAGCUUAAUGCUAUCAAUGUAAGGUCUAAGGAGAAGCGUGCGCGCCUGGAGGUUCUGAUCAAGCUUGAAGAAGACCUUUUGGAAGCACGGCAAGUCUUGACUUCUGAUAAUUCCAUAUUUCAUCAUCAUCAUAUUUACAUUACUAACCUACAUACAUGGUCCAGUCAGCAAAUGAGGGACAUGGACGCAGCUAAUGAUCCUAUUCGAACCGCUGAGCAACGUAAUGCCCUGCUUGACCUGCCUAGAACGCUUGUCGAACUCGAGGAAAAGAUCCAAGAGGUAGCAGAUGAAGUUGGCAAUACUGAGCUGCUGAAUGCUCGUCGACGUGGAAAUGACCGAGUGAAAGCUGUCCUGACAGUACAGGUUGCUUUAGGCUUCUUGUACGAGGCCAAAUUUGGUGCAGAACAACAGCAAGUGGACGCGGGGAGAAGGACACGUGCGACUCAACAGCCAAGAAAUGAGCAACUUCGGACCAAGAAGCGGGCCUUACUGAAGAAGAAGCUCAAUACGUACUUAAGGCAUGCGGCGCGGUACAAUGCGCAAUAUCGACCGGUACCGCGUUUGUUAGAGCCAACCUUUGACGAAGUGGUGGCUAUGGAUAUGCUUCAUCCCUUUUGGGACGAAGCUGCUCUGAAUCACCCAGAUGAGCCAUGGGCGUCUUGCCAGAUUACCAAAGAUGGUAUUGUGGCCCUUAGAAGUGAGGUGUCGUCUGAAGAAGAGAUGCGGCGGCUGGGUCGCGAGGUUAGACAGAUGAUGGGUUGGGGAAUCGACUAUCAAAGACGUUUGGAAGCAACCAAGCCCCACGAGGGAAAUGCGCGAGUGGUAGAGUGGAACUCCAUCCACAGUGGGCUGGACAAACGAACGUGUCGUCUAUGGAAGCAAUGGGAUCGAGGCCUCAUUGAGGCUGUUCAUAUUACGAAAGAGUAUGUAGAAGGAAUUGCUGAGACUGAUGUUGAACUUAUACAACAGUGGGAAGAGAUGGUAGGGCGAACUGCGGAUACAUGGGAAGCAAUCUUAGGGGUCCCAGUGUUUUGGACCGAGGAGGAGUUUGAUGAGCAACCUGCGGAAGAGGACCAUGAUGAGGAGAUGGAUUGGAUCAGAGAACAAUUUUUUUAUUUUGUAUGA